AUGAGUGAUAAUAGCAACAAGCAAGAACUCAGAAAAGAUUAAGCUCUUGAGGAAGAAGAGGAGUAUGAUAAGGACUGGAAUCGCAAGACUGAUUUAGAAAAAAUCCACAAAGCUGAGUGGAAAAAACAGGACAAGUAAAGUGCCUAUCCUUAAAAUAAUUAUCCCUAAUAAUUGGACCUAUUUGAUGAUAACUCUAUUUUUCAUAGGUACAUGCCUGGCUUCAGACUUUAUCACAUCAAAACUAUGUCUUCAAAGGGAUCAGUGACGCCUUCACUAGAUCCAUUCACUAAUGAGCAAAGCUACAAUUAGCAUUCUCUGUUUGAAGUAGAGAGGAGAUUCAAAGAUUUCAAGUCUUUCUACCUUUAACUUCAUGAAAACUAUCCUUAUUGCUUAAUUCCACCUAUACCAGCGAAAUCUUACAAGGACAAGAUUAGCAGUGACGACAGCGAAUUCGUAGAAAACCGAAGGAAGCAGCUUUUGUAAUUUCUUCUCAGAAUUGCCUCACAUGAAGUAUUGGGCAAGUGUGAGGAAUUGAGGGAAUUUCUGCAUAAUAAGUAGUUUUAUCAUGCCGGGAAGUAAGCUAACAUAGUAAACUAGGUGCAGUCGUUGUUCUCAAAGCUCCCUCGUAUCAAGAACUACAUUCUAAGUAAAGCGCAGAAUAGAAGAGGUCAGUCAUCAAUGAUCCCAUAAUAUAGGAACCAAUUAGUUCUAGAUGUAAGAUUAGAGUCAGAGUACUAACUCUAGGUCGUAGCUGCAUCCAAGGUAAUGCUAGGCUACUUCACUAACCUCAAGCUAGGCUUGGAGCGUGAAAUCGAUACUUUAGAUAAAGAAGUCACAGCAACUAAUAAUCUGAUUGUUCAUCAUAGGAGAUUCUUGGAGUUCAGACCCAUGAAUAACCCUUUGUUUUCGGAUCGAGACUUUAUAAAUGAGGGCAACGAUAAUCUAGAGUUAGCCUUAGAGGUUCAAUUUGAGAGACAGAGAUAAAUAAUGUUGACCUUCAAAAACAAGCUUCUGGAGUAGGUAGCUUUUUAUCAGAGAUAUCUACGAUCAGUGCAGUAUUCAAUUGAGUGUCGUGGCAACUUCAUUGAAUCUUACAACAAAAGCAAGUAGAGCUUGUCAGUAGACAGUCAAUUAUAGCAGUAUUAGCAACUCAAAGAUAUUACUCGCAGUCAGAUUGAAGAGUAUAAGGGACUGUGCAAGGAUAUACAAGAUAAUGUGAUAUGUGGGUUAAUUGCAGUAAGUGAGCAGGUAACGAGGGAUGAUAGUAAGAUACUACUUGAGAUCAAUGAUCAAGUCAAAGAUAGAAUACUAAUGCAGCCUUAAAGAUUAGAUUAGGAUGAGGAGGAAGAACUAAAGGAGAACUAAGAUUGA